GUUUGUCAUUCAAUCCCAUCGUAACAGAAGCAGAGCGGGAAGCGUGCUUUUGUAAACGAUGGCAGGACCGGCUUCAGUCGCUGGUGAUGUUUUUGUUGAUGCUCUGCCUUAUUUCGACCAGGGUUAUGAUGCUCCAGGGGUCAGAGAAGCCGCAGCUGCUUUGGUGGAAGAAGAGACGAGGCGAUACAGACCAACCAAGAACUAUUUGAGCUACCUGCCCACACCAGAUUUCUCUACUUUUGAGACAGAGAUCAUGAGGAAUGAGUUUGAGAGACUGGCUGCUCGUCAACCCAUGGAGCUGCUCAGUAUGAAGAGAUAUGAGCUUCCUGCUCCAUCGUCUGGGCAGAAGAAUGAUAUCACAGCAUGGCAGGACUGUGUCAAUAACUCUAUGGCCCAGCUGGAGCACCAGGCAGUGCGCAUUGAGAACCUUGAGCUCAUGGCCCAGUAUGGAACUAAUGCUUGGAAGGUGUCUAAUGAUAACUUGGCCUUAAUGAUUGAAAAUGCCCAAAAGGAACUGCAGAAGGUUAGAAAGCAGAUACAGGACCUGAACUGGCAGCGCAAAAACGAUCAGAUGGCUGGAGGAGCCAAACUACGAGAACUUGAGUCAAACUGGGUGUCUCUUGUUAGUAAGAACUAUGAGAUUGAGCGUGCCAUCAUUCAGCUGGAGAAUGAAGUGGCACAGACGAAACAGCAACAGGGUGAUGAGAACAAAGAGAAUAUUAGACAGGACUUUUAAAUAAUGAAAACAGUGGUUUUUAAAUGUUUGUUUUGUUCUUUUUUUCAUGAAGAACUGAGAAAAUUGUCUUCAUAAAGCACAAAUGAGCAAUAUAGUGUUGUAGUGCUAAUAGAGGGUCUGCCAGUUUAUAGUUCAUGAUUUUGCACCAAAAUUAAACAAGAUGUCUAUUUCUACUUUGAAAAUCAGUAACCCACAUUCGUUUACCGUGUACAGAAAGUAGAUAAUGUGGGUGUGUUGUCAUUGAUAAUUUUGUGGGUUUUUUUUUUACAAAAUAUACAAUAAAAUGGUGAAAAAAUGA